AUGGCCUCCAGGAUUACCUGGAUACACCCAGUCCGGGCUAUCCAAGUCCUCUUCGGCAUUGCCGUCUUCGGCCUCACAAUCUACGUCCUCAGCGUCUACAAAUACGACAGCGUCUCCGAAUUUAUGCUCUUCAACGGAAUAUGGACCGGCUUCUUCGCAACGCCCUACCUCGCCCUGGCACCCGUGCACUUCGCAAAAUUCUCACACCGGGUUCUCGUGCCUGUGCUGGAAACGAGCACGAUGAUUCUGUGGUUGGUGGGGGUUAUUCUGCUGGGUAUUGACUUGCCAUCAACUUCGGAGUGUAAGUCGGCGGGUUGUGAGGCGACGCUGGCGGUUGUUGUUAUUGCGGCUGUUGAGUGUGCCUUGUUCGUGGUAACUGCCGUCAGAGCUAUCCGGAUUAGCGUGCAAGCACACGUGCGAACCAACACAAAUGCCCAGGUCCAGCAGCCUGCCCCUGAAGCCAGCGGUGCGAUGGAGUCAGUAUAG